UUGGAACUGGAGAGCUGAUCAGAAGUCCGCCGCAAUGGCUUCGGGUUGUGUGCGUGUGUGUUUAGCCUUACAUAUUUUUCUGUCAAUCGUGACGGCAAGUUAUGCAGGCCACCGCAUAUUAAACAAUGGAUUAAAUAGAAGAAAUGCAGAAAUUGACUCGCUAAUACAAGACUUGCAGCAGGAAAAAUGGGAACAAGAGGACGUUCCCUGUGUCCAAGCAGUAAAAGAUAUGCUUUAUGGAGUCAAAAAUUCAACAUUAUGGGCAACCUGGAUAUGGGACUCGAUGCAGCGGCCGACAGGAGCGCUCUACGGGUCGAGAUACCAUCUAGGGAACUUCGAUCAGUGUUUGAAUCCCCCUUGGCAAGGAACGCAUCAGGACUUACGCACUCAACAUUGCCUUGUGGAGGUGUCCCUCACCGACACAGAGCCGAAACGGUGGACAAAACAUCCUGAUCCUUACGAUAAUACUGAAAAUUAUCUUAAUACUACCUCAAUCUACUGGAGGAACUUCAACAAGGCGACUCUAGGAGUCUGUCUGCCAGAGGUUUGCAGUCAUCGCGCAGUGGCCAUACUAGCGCCGCUGAUGGUGCAGGCCAACCACCUCCCAGAGCCUCGCGCCCCGAGAGUACUGUCUUGUCAAACGGGUGCAACACAUCAGUACUCCACGCAGUUCUAUAUUUAUAUAUUAACGUUCGCUAUAUUAUAUUCAGUGGCGAUAUUUGGCACGCUGUUUCCAGAAUAUGUACCUACCUCGUAUUGGGCUUCAGAAGUAAGAAAGGCGUUCGAUAUGAAGCGGAAUUGGAUGAAGCUAUUUGUAGUUUCGAGCAGAGAGCUUAAGUCCGUCCAUGGCAUUCGGUGUUUCAGUUCAGCAAUAAUUAUAUGCUCUCAUUAUAUAUAUUAUUCUAAUUUAACGCCGAUCUCCAACGCACUGCAUAUGGAAAAGGAUUUAAAUAGUUUCGUUGGCAUGUUUGUAUUCCACAUAGAUUUGAUUGUGGACACGUUCUUCGCUCUCUCUGGAAUGCUUCUGAUAAAUGGUCUGAUGUCUGGAAAGAGGACGAACCUGGUAGAAGGGCUUGUUAAAAGAUAUAUUAGGAUAGUCGCUCCUCUAGCUGUGAUGGUGUAUUACUUCUCCUGGGUCCACGAGCAUAUUGGAAGUGGUCCAGUAUGGGAGUUAGCGAGCAGAGAACAGCGCGACGUAUGCCACGAAAACUGGUGGGCCACGCUUUUAAUGGUCAAUAAUUAUGUCAAUGAGGACAGAAUUUGUCACACAGUCUCAUGGUAUCUGUCAUGCGACUUCCAGCUGGCAAUUCUGGGCACCUUACUUGUUUAUAUAUACCAGAGGGACAAUAAAACAGGGAAAAUUGUGAUAGGCGGAGCCGCGGUCGCAGCUAUACUUGUGCCCAGUCUAGUGACGUAUUAUUAUAAAUUGUCACCUUUAUUCUUUCAUGGGAUGCAGAGUCUGGUAAACUUCAAGACUGAUCCAGUAUUCUUGAAGAGGUAUAUUAAGGCCCAUUGCAGAGCUGCUGCAUACAUGGUAGGGAUGUACGCUGGGUACAUAUUCUCCGUCUACAGACCUGAAGAGAACAGAAAUAAACUUUCUAAGCGCCUGUCCAUUCUCGGGUUCCUGGCAGCCCUCUUCACCAUGGUGAUGGUGUACCGAGGCGGUGGCCUGAUGCUGCACCGGGAAUACAAUGCUCUUGAAGUUGCCGCGUUCGUCGCGUUUAAUAGAGCUACUUGGGCGUUCGCUGUCUGUUGCCUGAUAGCUAUUUGCGAGUAUGGGACACUGCCAUUGAUCAGCACAUAUUUAAAAUGGGACUUCUUCGUGCCGCUCAGUCGGUUGAGUUACUGUCUUUAUCUACUUCACAUGGCGCUGGUGUACUACAGCAUCCACGGAACCAGGGCAGGCGCGAGAUACGAUUUCGUGGAUAUGGUUGUGCACGGGUUUGGUAUCUGGUUGAUAACGAAUUGGCUGAGCGUUGGCCUUUAUCUUACUGUGGAGGCGCCGAUCGCAAACUUAUCGACUCAUCUAUUUAAAAGACCCACGGCAGAGCCAGUAACCAAUGGGAAAGUCAACGGUACACACCCGUUCAAAAUAAAAUCAACGUAGAAUAAAUAAAUUAUUUCAUA